UUCCUCGGUUCUGUGACUCAGAUCUGUUCCUGUGUCACUAGAACCAGCUGUACCUGCAGGCUGGAACUGAUUGGUCCUGGUCGGAACCUCUGGACCAAUCAGAACCUCAGAUCUUUAAAGGCUUCAUAUAUGAAAAUCUGAGAUUAUAAUCUGGAUUGAUCAAAUGAAGGGAAACUAAAAUCUGGUUUCUGAUUUUAGUUUCUUCACCCUGAGCGUUUGGACCAGUUUACGGUAAGCGGAAGUUGUGUGACGUCGGCUCCGCCGCGGACGGGAUCUCCUUGGAAACGGAGAGACAUCGCCUCCUCCCCCCUGUCCGCUCCCAUCCUCUCGCCAGGGAUGGAUGGUGCUGAGCUCCGCCGCCCGCUCUCCCAGUAACAACCAGAGAGCGACUGGGCCGGUUCCAGUGAGCAGAUGUUCCCCGGCAGGAUGACUCUCAGCCCGCCCGGACCGCCCAGCGGGCCGCCGGAGGAGCUGCAGGAGCUGCAGGAGCUGGCCUUCAUCGAGCGGCCGAUCCGCAGGAGCCUGAAGACAGCGGAGGAGAUCGAUCAGCUGACUGUGGAUGAAGACCUGAAUGAUGUGGAGAGAGCCGUUUACCUACUCAGCGUGGGUCAGGAGGUCCAGAGAGCCAGCGUCAUCAGCAACCUGCCGAGUCUUGUCCGCCAGAACCCAGCUGAGACUUUCCGUCGAGUUGUACCAAAAGUUCGGGAGGUCUUGAAUGGAGCCGGUGCUGAAAUCCAGCUGGCAGCAGCGACUUCGUUUUUAACCAUCCUGCAGGACGACAUCAUCCUGAUUCACACUCACACCUACUCCAUCCUGAAGACGGUGCUGCUCCACCUGAACCACCGGGACACAGUGGUGAGCAGCGCCUGGUUGGAGACUCUGCUGUCGGCCAUCAACGCUCUGCCCAAAGAGACCAUCAAACAGGAGGUGCUGAAUCCUCUGCUGUACCAGAGUCAGCUGUCUCACUCCCUUCAGGCUCGCCUGGCCGCCUGUCGCAUUCUAGGAAAGGCUUCCUGCAAGUUUGACUCUCUCAUAGUGAAGAAGGAGCUGCUGCCUUUGGCCCGUUCUCUGAGCCGGGACACGGAGUCCGAGGUCCGAGUCUGCAUGUGCCGUCAGCUGGAGAGCAUGGCCAGAGCCAUCGGGGUGGAAGACACCAGAACCGAGCUCCUUCCUGAGCUGCUGGAGCUCGCUGGCGACGAGGAGAGCAGCGUUCGCCUGGCCGCCUUCGACAGCAUCAUCAGCCUGAUGGAGAUGAUGGACGGAGAUGACCGACUUCACCUGCUGGUCCCUCUAGUGAUGUCAGCGUGUGACGCUUCAUCACAGGUGGAUGAAGGCGUCAUGGUGUCGCUGUCGUUCCAGUUUGGGAAGCUCUGCAGUGGACUGGCAGGUUCACUGUCAGAAGAGCAGAAGACGUUCCUGCUGCAGAAGUUUCAGGUUCUGUGUAUUACCGGACUGCCGACUGAGGAAAACCAGAUGGAUGUUGGCGAGUCCACUCUGAUCCGCUGUAACUGCUGCUACAACCUACCGGCCAUGGUGGCAUUCGUAGACCCCGCCCACUUCCUGUGCGACAUCCAUCCGUCUUUUUCGGGUCUUUGCAGCGACCCAGAGGUCAGCGUUCGCCGAAGUGUAGCAGCCAGCUUCCACCAGGUGGUGAAGCUGCUCGAGUCUAAUGUCCAUGUAGUCCACAAGGAGCUCCUGUUGCUGCUCCAAGACAGUGCCCUGGAGGUUCUGGAUGCGCUGAUGAACCACCUAGAUGAAACUCUGGAGCUGGUUCUCUCUAGAGGAGACAAUCUAAUCCUGGACAACAAGCUGCCAGAGCUGUUGUCGGCGCUGCUGUCGGCCGAACAGAAAGUUGGAUCUUCUCUGCGUUGGCGGCUGCAUGAGAAGCUGCUGCAUCGCUACAGCUGCCUGUCCAGACUGCUGCCCGGAGAGCUGCUGCACCAAACCUUCUCUGCUCGGAUCUUCAUCAUCCUCACCACCAACAAAGUGCUCCCGGUACAGAAAGAGGCGGCUCGGACCUUCUGCACGUUCCUGCGCUACAACCGUAAGCAGGAGCAGCGUCAGGAAAUGAUGGAGCGGCUGAUCCAAGAUCUUGCUCAAGGCCGCAGCUACUGGAACCGCCUGAGGUUCCUGGAUGUUUGUGAAAUCGCCACAGAGAUUUUCUCCAGAAAAUACUUCAACAAACAUUUCCUGAUCCCAGCGCUGGAACUCGUCCACGACCCGGUCGCCAACGUCAGGUAUAAGCUCUGUCAGCUGUUGCCACGGUUACGGUCGUCCCUCCGCCUGCCAGCUGACAAGCUGCUGCUGCAGAAACUGGAUUUCUGCGUCCAGAAGUUUCUCUGUCGAGAGAAAGACAAAGAUGUUGUGGCCAUGAUCCGCAAGACAGUGUUGGAACUGGACAAACUGGACCUGUCUGAGCCUUUUCAUAAGAGACACGACUGGGACCUGCUGGACCAGAAGAAGGAGAAGGAGGAGAUGCUGCUGCUGGAGAUGGAGCAGCUGGAGCGGCAGCAGAGCGAUGGGAAGCUGAACUCUGACAAACACAUGGAGAGAAAACGAAGAGACAGCAAGACCAGUCUGUCCUCCGCAAAGUCCAUGUCUGUGUCCUCUUCAACAGGAAGCUCGUCCUCUGGUAAAGAGACGAGGAAGGCCAAACUGUCUCGGAGUCGGUCCCUCAGCAGCCAGCCGACUUCGUCCAAACCCGUCAACUCGGACAGACCUCUGAAGGUCAAAGAUCUCAGCGGUUCUUCGGGUCUUGGAAAGUCCACCAGAGAUGACUCGGUGACGACCGCCCACUUCACCUUGACAACCCAGUCCACCUCUUCCAUGCCGGUUCUGAUCCGAAGCAAAACGACCAGCCUCCUGGACCAGGCCAGCCUGCUGGAGCAGAGAGAGCACAGAAAAAGCACCCUGGACCACAGGACCGGAAACCGAGACCAGCGGAACCACAUGAUGGAGCACAGAACCAGUUCCCUGGAGGAGAGAGAGCACAGAACCAGCACCCUGGACCAUCGGGACCACAGAACCAGCACUUUGGGUCAGCGCAGCAAGACAAUGGAGCGUGGGAGCGGCAUGAAGGACAGUCAGUCCAGGAAGCUCUCCAUGAACAGGAAGUCCAACUCUCUCCAGUCAGAAUGAGAGUGAAGCUGAUGAUCACCUGUAAGUGAGCCCAUCAGCCAAUCAGCUGCCUGGAAGCGGUUUCAGGGCGACGCCCAGAAAGCAGCGCGGCGCCAGCAGAACCGGCGGAUGCUGAGAUCCAACUGAUCACUGUGUAUUCAACCAUCUCAUCGCUUCACCUGCAGGUUGUUGGUGUGAUCUCAUUGGACAGUGGUCACCGCGGGCAACCAAAGAGGAGUUUAACUUGGACUAGUGGAAAUCAGAAAUUAUUUUAAAAUAAAAAACUGAAUGAAAACGGCUUUUAUUGAGUUUUUUGCCACCAGAUGGAGGUUCAGAGAAAAGAGCAUCAGACGGAGGUCAGCAACGUCCGAACAGCUGGUUCCUGAAACGAUCUCACCUUUUCUCACCUUUUGCUCCAAACAUCAACAAACUCCAGUUUAUUUCAUUCAGACUUUCUGUGGCGGAACAUCUACACUGUGACAGAGUCCCUUUGACUAGGCCAUUCUAACCCAUGAAUCUGCUCUAUUCAUCCCAUUAUAUCUGUGGUUGCCUGUUCACGCUGGAAGCUGACCUUUGACCCGAGUCUCAGGUUGCAGUCAGACUCGGAUUAAGCUACAGCUGGACUCUGGUUGGUGAAAGUGGAUAUUUUUAUUUUUCCAGGUUUUCAGAGUAAAAGGCCAAAAAUCAAAUGUAAGCCACACUUUUCAGAUUGUCAAGAUGUAAAAUGUUGAGAUUAUUGGAAUUAUUUUCCAUCAGUUUCAGUUCUGGUUUUUUUCUGCCUCAUUCCCUCAGAGAAACAAACUUAUUGGCUGAAUAAAAACCAUUUUAAUCAUAAA